CUGAAAGUUGAUUGUUGCCGAUUGGAUGUACAUAUAUUCUGGGAGAUAGCAUUGCUUGGUUUCCUAAAAUUAAUUCCCUUUGAAUUAAUUCGCGCUUAUUAUUUAAAACUCAAUGGAUUGUACGGAAAUGUUAGGCCUUCAUUUUAGUCCAACAUGUAUCACACUAAAAUGUAAUUCCAAAAGGGAUGUACACAACAAAAGAAUAAGAACAACAGAUGCUGCAGCUCCAGGCACUGGUACAUAUUCAAUUGCGAAAUUUGGAAAAACUCUUACGUAUAAAAGUUUAAACAAACAAAUGCAUCGCCACAAUUUCAAAUUAAGAAAAAGACUUCAUUCAACAAUACCUUCAGACGCGACAAACCUUUUGAAAGACUCAACAAAUUUUAAUAAAAUAGAUUUAGCAGGAGUUUCCAGUAAUUCUUCCAGAUCAGAUAUUCUCUCUUCCGAUGUUACUGUGUCAGCAAUGAAAUUGCCUUCACUAUCACCGGCUAAAAGAGCGUUCUCAUCAUAUUCGUUAACAUCUGAACCGGCGUUGAUAUCAUCGUUCAAAUUAAACGGGUUUGGUCAUGCAAUGCUGGUUAUCAAAAUUAUAGAAGUUAUAAAAAGAGUACUGUUGACGCAUAUUUUACCUAAAAUAGCGAUAUCAGAAAAAACAUUAAUUUUAAAUUCAACACAAGCCUCUUUAAACUUCCAGCUUUUAAAAGUACGAAAAGUUUUAUUUGCACUCGCUUUUUUCAUUUUUGUAUUUCACUUUGGAGUUGUUUUAGCUGAUCAAGUAAUUCUUUUGGAUACCACAAGAGAAGCUACCUUGGAGUGGACACGUUAUCCAUACGGACCGCAAGCUCAAACACCUGGGUGGGUGGAGGAGUCAUUCACAGACUUUGUCAAAGGCAUAAAUUGGAGAAGUUAUGUUGUUUGUGAUGUUGCAUAUAAUAAUGUAAAUAAUUGGCUGUGGUCACCUUUCAUCGACCGCGGUCCAGCAAACCGUCUUUACAUAGAAAUUCAAUUUACUAUUCGUGACUGUUCAUUAUUUCCAGGAAACGCACUAUCCUGUAAAGAAACGUUUAGUCUUUUGUUCUAUGAGUUUGAUGCUGCUACCCGUGAACCUCCACCCUGGCAAACAGACAGUUAUAAAUUAAUAGCGAGAAUAGCUGCCGGUGAGGGUCGAUUUAACCAAAACUCCGAUGUUGAUAUAAAUACAGAGGUUAAGAGUAUUGCUGUUACAAAAAAAGGUGUUUAUUUUGCAUUCCGUGAUCAAGGCGCUUGUAUAAGUGUCUUAGCCGUUAAAGUUUACUACAUUACAUGCCCGGCAGUAACGGAAAACUUUGCACAUUUCAAUGAAACCCCUACUGGCCGAGAAAUAACAAUAAUCGAAAAACAAAAUGGUACUUGUGUUGAAAAUGCAGAGCCGUACGAAAUCCCAACGUAUUUGUGUAAAGGAGAUGGAAAAUGGACGAUUUUAACAGGCGGAUGCCAUUGCAAAGUUGGAUAUGAACCAGAUUUCAUAAAUAAAACUUGCAUAGGAACAAGUUAA